AUGGAAGCUACUAUGCAGACCGUUCCAAGUCUUGUUGGAACCGGCACUGCCAUCGCUGCAGCGGCCAGUGGUUUGGUUUUCGGCCAGCCCACCACUGAACCCAACUCUUUCUCUCACUCGACUCGACGUCCUUCUCAUUCCAGACGAGUCUCGAUAGACCGCGAGCCAAGCAAGCAAUCACAAUCGCCUGGCAACUUUGCUUCCCCACGGCCCGCUACGAGCAACACCGUUGCCUCUGCUCUCGGCGCCUCGCACUAUCACACACUCCCGCGCCCAACUACUGCCUCGAGACCUCCCCUCUCCCGUUACCAGCGACCGCCUAUGCCACAGACACAGUCGACUCCCCCUCCUCUGGCCAUCAGCAGGAACUCUUCUUUUGUGAGGCAAGCCGACUCUCCGGCCAUUAUCCCCGAGUCUAGAGACUCAAUCUCUUCCAAUGGAUCUUGGAUAAGGCGUCUCUCCAUUCGCCCACUGUCUCGUCACGAAAGCACAAGGUCGAGUAUAGGUCCCGACGCGCCUUCCAUCUUUUCCCACGGUUCAGCUGCACCCAUCUUGCGCAAUCCUACAACAGCAACACUCCCCCCAAACAAGCUCGUUAAGCGAUCUACCUCAACCCGCAUCGAUCCAGAUCCAUUACCGCGACGGCGUGCGAAAUCUCACUUACAGAUCCUACCCGUUCUUCGCAGACCUGCUACAAGCCAUCAGAGGUCUGCAACACUACAACAAUUUCGACCCGAUUCUGCGCUGAAUACACCAACCGAUUCGAACAAUUUUUCGUUCGACGACCCAUCACGACCCCACGAGUUCCUCGCCCCAUCCCCGCUUGAGCCCCCCUCCAGAUCGACAUCUGCAAGGAGCGGAUGGAAGUCGUACUUUCACUCUAAAAGAUUAAGUAUAAGCGGACGUACAGGGCCGGGUAGGUUUGGUGAGUUAAGUCCACAUGCUCGAGCAAUCUCCUCGAGGCGCAUCUGCAUUGAGAACGACGAGCGCAACAGAGUUCAUCUGGUGAAACCAAGAAUGGUUUCAGCGGCAUCUGCCCCUCGAGGUCUGUUGCCAGCUGCACAAAUUCUACUAGACACUUGCACUCAUCAAUCUCCUGCAGAAGAAAAAACUCCAUCAUCUGAGGGAACUCCUUCCAGGACGCCCCGCAAGUCGAUCUCAAUGCCAUUUGCAUCUGCAGGAAACUGGGCGGUAAGGACGACAGGGAGCAUCCGGCGCUCUAAGCGUGGUGCUGAAUCCGGGAUCGGGAAUAAGCGACAUGUGUCGGAACCGCUGAGUGGCGCGCAAUCUGGCGCCGAACCUCGAACCAAUCCGCCGCUGGAAUCAACACUCCGCGCACCAUCACCAUUAUCGGGCCGGCAGGGGUCAUUCCUGGGUUCAGCUGCUACUGUGCAGUUGAGAGGUCGUAAAAGGAAUUCAUCGUCACCAAUCCCCACGGUUCCAAGACUUGCGAACUUCAAUGUUGAUUUGUCCCGGUUAGGGUCUUCUGCUGGAGUUUCCACUUACCAGGCUCGGCCUAACCAACCCUCCGGAAGUUCUACCAGCUCCACUGCGAUGUCACAACUUAGGGCACCGCAGCACGACAGAACCUCCACCAUGGAGAGCUCUGAAGGUGACACCCGGGAUUGCACAUCGGGGGAUGACGAUGACACGGAUUUCAAGAGUGAUACCAUGUUUGACUCGCUGCGCACUGUUGGCUCCGGACGUGCCCGUGCUGUCGAGACCCCGUUGGAGUCCAUGUAUGACGAGUCACCACCAAGCACCGCUGGCAAUGGUACAAAGACGAAGCGUCUUUCAAUCCACGAGAUCCUCGGCCGGACAUGGGAUGAGGAUGACAAGAUCAUGGAGGAGGAUGAGAAUGCAUCCACACCUGUCCGCACAGUCAAGCGAUCUGAGGCAUCACCGCGCUUCAGGCUUGAGUCGAGAUUUAACCCAUCGUCCUACGAUGUCUUAACCACUACGACCAAGGAGUACAGCAGGCUGUCCUUGGACGACGAAUUUGACGAUGAUUGGGCUAGAGAUGAUGAGUUUCCCUGUAACCCCUUAUCACCUCCCUCCAAAGGGAGUUCACUGAAUUCCAGAGGAAUUAACCCUAAUGUUCGCCUCGCCCUCGCCAAUAUUAGUGGUAAUGGCCUCCCUGAUACGAACGGCCACGAUGCUACUAAUGACCGCCCACUUAGCACUCUCUUCGACUGGAGCGAACCCCCGACACACGAAAGAUUUGAUACUGGACGGAGUUUGCGACCAAAGACUGCUUAUGCUAAGGAGAUGGACUCUAGAGGUGGUCGCUCCGCCAUACGCAAAGGUCCAACACCAACUCAUGUUCGAAGCCAGAGCGUCCCCGUGGUUCAUGAUGCCCCCGAAGAUUCCAAGACUACCGGGUCCAAGUAUGGCACAUGGGGCAUGGGCACCAAGACAGUCAGUGAGGACUGGGAUGACGACUUCGAAUUUGGUGCUGGUCCUGUUGGCAGCAACGAGAAGAGUGACAAAAUUUUUGCAGUGCCAGAAUCGAUUCGUGCGACACAACCAAGUGUCAGGGCCCAUUCCGGCCAUAUUCGAGAAUUCUCGCUUCUUGUCAAUGAUUUGAAACGUCUGUGCCGUCAUGGGCGAGAUAUGGAUAUGCUCGAAGGAUCUCAGAAGCAUCUCUGGAAGGAGGCUGACGGUAUUAUUGCUCUCGCAUCCCCCGAUGAAGAGUCGUUGGACGAGAACGAUGAUGAAAAGUCAACUUCAUCUAUCAACUUUGAUGCAUUCGAUAUUGACGAAACGUUCGGAGACGAAGGCUUCGAUGCCCAUUCCAUGAAUCGCCUCGAUGCCGCCUUUGAUGGCCACGAGCCCGCUAUGUCCAAAACCACUGUCGUUCGAGAACGUCACUCUCCCCGGCGAAGAUCUGUCUUCUCUCCAGAAGACGAUAUCUUCGGUAAUUGGCCUUUGAAUGACAACUCCCCUUCCAACAGACCCAGUCGCCCUCGAACACCUGAGAACAAGUACAACAAGGCUCAUGACGUAUCGGGGGUCGUCCGUUCUGUCAUUGGGGCUAUGCAACAUCGUGCUCCCGAGCAAGCACCUGACAACGGCAAGGUCCACUUCGAUACAAAUAGCCUCAAGGCUCUGGUCAAGAGAGCCGGCGAUUUACGAGAUACACUGUCCGACAUUGUUCGACAGGCCGAUCAGAUUACGCACAGUCCAAUGAGAACACCCAGACAUGAGCGCCAGCAUGACUCAAGCCCUGCCUUUACACGGGUCUUUGACGACCCCGGUUCGAGUCCUCCUAGAAGAGUGGCACGAAGCCGCGGCAACAAUUCACUUAGGGAAGCCGCAUCAUCCGAAAACUCGCCAUCUUCUGGCCUACCACAACGGAUGCAGAUGAUGACUGUCAACUGA